AUUAAAGAAAAGCGUCAUUUCCACUUCUCAGGUAAACUCCAAAUAUCAUCAAUUCCCCAUCUCUCUCUGUCUCCGCAAACCCAAUCCAGAGCCAAUAAUCCGAUUCUCCUCAUGGCUGCUCUUCUUGAAUCCCUCACCGUUCCUCCUCCCACCUUCCCUAAACCUAAACCUACUACUACCACACCUCUCUCCGCUUUUGCUUCACCUAUUCACCGGAGAUCCCUUCGUUUACCACACGUCAAAGGCCUCAAGCUCUCCUUUAAUUCGUCGACUAUAAACCGCUCUACUGGAUCGUUCGUGACUCUCACCAGUUCCAGACUCUCUCGUGGUGGACGGAUUGUUUGUGAGGCGCAGGAGACUGCUGUCGAAGUGGCUUCUGUAACGGAUGCAACAUGGAAGUCAGUGGUGCUCGAAUCGGAAUCCCCUGUGCUGGUUGAAUUCUGGGCCCCAUGGUGUGGUCCGUGCCGGAUGAUUCACCCUAUAAUCGAUGAACUGGCCACGCAAUAUACUGGUAAGCUCAAAUGUUACAAAGUUAACACUGAUGAUUGCCCUUCCAUUGCAACCCAAUAUGGGAUUCGAAGCAUUCCCACUGUUAUCAUCUUUAAAAAUGGUGAGAAGAAAGAGGCGAUUAUCGGUGCUGUUCCCAAAACUACCUUAACCACCACCAUUGAGAAAUUCUUGUAAGUGAAACAAGCACUUGCUGCCAAUAAACUAUUUAGCUGCCACUGCUCCAUCUCCAGACGCUGCUGUAUUUUUAUGUUACCUUCAGAAAAUAUUAGUAACUA